CUUCUCCCGUUCACGAGCGGGGAGUAAUCAGCAGUACAGAUGACGAGUAUUUCGCCUUGAUGACGCCUGGGCCUCAGCCUGGAUUGAAUGGCGUUCCCGUGAGAUGGUAUGAUGCGGACCGUUCAGAGCCAUACACUCGGAUCGUCCCAUUCGACCGAACAAAUGACACAAGUGUAGGAUUUUUCUUCAAACCUGCAACCCUCACCGCAUUGGCAAUAAUGUUAGCCAUACUUGCUUAUGUAGCCAUAUCAAAAGAUGUCCUGGAAGAAGGUCGAGAUAAACAGCUCUUAGGGAUCUACUCGACAAUAGUGGCUUUUCUCACCUUUUCCCUUGUCCAGUUUCGGGAUGGCCCUUUCCUUCGUCCCCAUCCCGCUUUCUGGCGUGUUGUCCUUGGAGUCAACCUCAUCUACGAGCUCGGACUCGUAUUCUUGCUCUUCCAAGAUUUAGACAGCGCCAGAAUGAUGAUGAAAUAUCUGGAUCCAUCAUUAGGCGUUCCACUUCCGGAGAAAAGCUACACAGAAGAUUGCACACUUACAUUGAAGACCCUAUGGGGCGCUAUCGAUAUCUUCUGUUUGGCCCAUUCGCUUGGAUGGUUUGGCAAAGCCCUUAUUUUGAGGGAUUAUUGGUUCUGCUGGAUUCUCAGCGUCGCAUUCGAGCUUGCGGAAUAUUCGCUAUCACAUCAGUUACCUAAUUUCAAUGAGUGUUGGUGGGAUCACUGGCUCCUGGAUGUUUUGAUAUGCAACUGGGCUGGAAUUUCCCUCGGCAUGAGAACUUGCGCAUAUUUUGAGGUCAAGCGAUACGUCUGGCGAGGAUUUCGUGAAACCCGGGGUAUUCGCAAGAAAUCAGCCCGUGUCGUCAAGCAACUUACCCCACAGUCAUGGACGACCUUCAAAUGGGAAGGAACCCGAUCAUUCGUUGGAUACGUUGCCGUCGUAUCGCUUCUCACAACGUUCCUCGUUGCGGAGCUGAACGUCUUCUAUUUGAAAGCGUUACUAUGGAUGGGUCCCGAACACAAGUUCGUUAUUGCAAGGCUAGCGGGCAUGUUUUUGUGCGCAUUGCCUGCUACGAGGGAGCUAUAUCAGUAUCUCCAUGAAACUCAGAGAGUCGUGCGGAUGGGCCAGCACGCAUGGUUAUUGCUCGCCACGGUGCUAACUGAGUUAUUGAUCAUCGUCAAGUUCGGUCGUGGACAGUUCCCUGAGCCUUUCCCGACUCCCGUCAAAGUCUUCUUUGCAUCUCUUGUUUUCUUCCUCAUUGCUUACCCUUCCAUCAAGUUCGGUAUCCCUGCCGUAAGGCGCACGGCUAAGCAGAGUAUCCAGCCUCUUCAAACAAAGGCAAAGGAUCAUGAUGCUAAGAAUGACUGAUCGCUUCCACGGUCUUUUGAAGCGAUUGAGACUCUCGUUCCAACAAUUUGUACUGGUGAUGAUUGCCACCGACAGCCAUACUGUGCAUUCUGUAGCCCCGUUCUUCUUCCCUUGCUAUUUUACUUCUAGUCGUGUCCUAAUCAUGGUCCAUUUACUUUCUUACCCCACGCAAGAUCCCUUAUCAUGCACACCCUUCUACCACUUCUGCGAACGGGCUUUUUCACAACUAAUUCACGUAGCGUGAUCUUCGAUCCACCUAAUACGAUAAUCUUUCCGUCAGAAAUAGGCCGGGUUCACUCGUUCCUCAAUGGGCAUUCGAAUAAUCACAGGCGAGAGAGCCGCCCUGGUCGCAAGCCCAACAAAAUCUUGCGUUCAUCUCAUAGUGGGUUGUACGAGUGAUAGCCUCCGACUCGUACCUGAUUACACUAUGGGAGGGGAAAAGCUAUCGUAUUGUUAGUUCAUCUGGGGUCAUCACCGAAGAGAGAUAGG